AUGUUAGAGAACUACAGGAACCUGGCCUCCUUGGGUCUUGUGGUCUCUAAGCCAGACCUGGUCACCUUUCUGGAGCAAAUGAAGACUCCCUGGGAUGUAAGGAGACUGGAGACACCAGCCGUAUACACAGGAUGGAAACCUUUCAAAUAUACAGAGUGUGGCAACACCUCUAAUCGGAAUUCAGAGCUUAGUCAAGAUCAGCAAAUCCACACUGGCAAGAAACCUUAUGAAUGUAAAGAAUGUGACAAAGCAUUUAUGUGUUACUCAAACCUUAGUCGACAUCAGCGCAUUCACACUGGGGAGAGGCCUUAUAAAUGUACAGAGUGUGGCAAAGCCUUUAAUCAGAAGUCAUGUCUUACUGAUCACCAGAGAAUUCAUACUGGAGAGAAACCUUAUAAAUGUAAAGAAUGUGGAAAAGCCUUCAGUCGCUGCUCAACUCUUACUCAACACCAGCGAAUUCAUACUGGAGAGAAGCCUUAUAAAUGUAAAGAAUGCAGAAAAGCCUUCAGUCGCUGCUCAACUCUUACUCAACACCAGCGAAUUCAUACUGGAGAGAAGCCUUAUAAAUGCAAAGAAUGUGGAAAGGCCUUCAGUUACUACUCAGCUCUUCAUGAACACCUGCGAAUUCAUACUGGAGAGAAGCCUUAUAAAUGUAAAGAAUGCAGAAAAGCCUUCAGUCACUACUCAACUCUUAUUGAACACCAGAGUAUUCAUACUGGGGAGAGGCCUUAUAAAUGUGAGUUUUGUGGCAAAGGCUUUAGCAAGCACUCACGUCUUACUUGCCAUAAGAGAAUUCACACUGGAGAGAGGCCUUAUAAAUGUGAGGAUUGUGGCAAAGCGUUUAGACAGCACUCAUGUCUUACUAAACAUCAAGUAAUCCAUACUGGAGAGAAAUCUUAUAAAUGUAAAGAAUGUGGAAAAGCCUUCAGUUACCACUCAACUCUUACUCAACACCAGAGAAUUCAUACUGGAGAGAAGCCUUAUAAAUGUAUAGAAUGCGGAAAAGCCUUCAGUCAGUACUCAAAUCUUACUCAACACCAGAGAAUUCAUACUGGAGAGAAGCCUUAUAAAUGUAUAGAAUGCGGAAAAGCCUUCAGUCAGUACUCAAAUCUUACUCAACACCAGAGAAUUCAUACUGGGGAGAGGCCUUAUAAAUGUAAGGAUUGUGGCAAAGACUUUAACAGGCACUCAGGUCUAACUUACCAUCAGAGAAUUCAUACUGGAGAGAAACCUUAG